AUGUCGGACGGAAGGCAUGACACUACGAGGAUAGACGGCAACAAUACUUCAUCACAACCGCGAAGAAGGAAGUCCAUUGGUACAGUCAAGGAGAACAAGUUCAAGAAGGGCAAGGAGUGCUGCAGCGUCACGUGCAAACUAAAUUCCAUCUGCAAGGACCCACUUCUCUGUGAUGAAAUUCGACGCAGUGCCCGCGAGAUGCAGCAGAUUCGGAUGGAAGUUUGGCACCUCGUAAACCUUUACACGCUUCGAUGUCUAGAGGACGACAUUCCGCUACCGGACUACACUGACAAGACCUUCUAA